AUGACAUCCACCGAGGGAAUACUCGCGGGUAAAUACCCAGCCAAGGCGCAUGCUCGUAGAGUUGUGGAAUACCUACGACAGAAUGGUUUCGAGGGAGAUGGCGUACUCUAUCUGGAAGCCCAGAAGACGAAGAUGAUUGAAGACAAUGAUUCUGAGCAGCCGUUUCGACAGCGUCGCUUUUUCUUCUAUCUCUCCGGAUGCCUGCUACCAGAUGCACAUCUCACUUACCACAUCAGUAGCGACAAGCUCGCCCUCUUCAUCCCACCUCUAGACCCAGAGUCGGUCAUAUGGUCUGGCCUUCCAUUGUCUCCCACUCAAGCCAAGGAACUCUACGAUGUCGACGAAGUUCUGUACACGACUGAUAUCAACCCUACUCUGGCCCACCUGGCAUCAGAAGUUGGCACAAGUGGGUUUGUAUUUGCCAUUGAUGGGCAAAUAUCCGACGACAUCUCCUUUAAGAACUUCCCAGAAACCGACCUGGUAGCUCUGAAAACAGCAAUUGAAGAAUGCCGAGUUGUCAAAGAUGCAUACGAAGUUGCUAUGAUUCGGAAAGCAAACGAUGUGACCGCGCAAGCUCAUGUCGCUGUUCUCAAAGCGACCAAAUCGGCUACUAAUGAACGAGAGCUCGAAGCAGCUUUUAUUGGAACUUGCAUUGCGCAUGGAUGUCGCGAAAUGGCUUAUCAUCCUAUUGUAGCUAGUGGAACGAGCAGUGCUACCUUGCACUAUGUCAACAAUGAUGAACCGUUGAUUGACCUAACUACGAACAAGAAGAAAUUGAAUCUAUUACUCGAUGCUGCGGGUGAAUACAAAACUUACUGUGCAGAUGUUACUCGGACAUUCCCAUUAUCAGGCAAAUUCUCCCCUGAGUCACGACAGAUCUAUGAUAUCGUUCUGGAAAUGCAGACCAAGUCACUUGCGAUGCUCAAGGAAGGCGUACUGUGGGAAGAUGUACAUGUUACUGCCCACCGAGUUGCAAUCAAGGGAUUGCUCAAACUUGGUAUACUGCGUGGCUCAGAAGAAGAAUUGCUUGAGAAGCGAAUCAGUGUCGCCUUCUUUCCUCAUGGGCUGGGUCACUAUCUUGGAAUGGACACCCAUGAUACUGGCGGCCAUGCAAACUAUGCAGACAAGGACAAGAUGUUCCGGUAUUUGCGUGUGAGAGGCAAACUUCCUGCGGGAAGUGUAAUUACUGUUGAACCCGGUGUCUACUUUUGCCGAUUCAUUAUUGAGCCUUAUCUCAAGGACUCUGAGCUCUCCAAGUACAUUGACGCUGAUGUCUUGGAGAAAUACUGGGAAGUCGGAGGUGUACGCAUCGAAGACAAUAUUCACAUCACCAAGGAAGGAUAUGACAACCUUACGACUGCGCCGAAGACUGCUGAUCAGCUUGAAUUGAUGAUAAAUGGGUCGUAG